GUGUUGAGCAGUUCACAGAAAAACCGGUGACAGGUUGCAAUUCCAACGUCGAACGUAGGAUCGACCAUUUGUUGCAUCAUAUUGGUGAUAAAACUCUCCGUAGCAGAACUGAUGAAUCAAGUGAACGAUAACUGAAAGGGCAGUAAUUCAAUACAGGAUUCAAUUUAGGUUUAUUUAGUUGGUUUAGUGCUGCUGACCGGUAGUGCACAAAAACAAGCUUUUUUCCUGUGUUUUGAAAAUUGACGUUGCUAAUCUAAUUGAAUGAAAAAUGACCGAACAGCUGAACUAGACCGUGUGCAAGUGAUUGUAAAAUUUGUUUGAAUUCGCUUAUAAAUUGGUGAAGUGAAUCUGGCUGACAGGGAGCGAAAAAACGGAAAAUGACUGUUGGCACUAUUCGCUAUCGAGCCAAAUCCGCUUUGAUGGUGGCCUUUGCAGUUUGUUUCUGCUUAGAUUAUGUUAAAGGCGGUUGCCUUAGCUACGGUCACUCCUGCUGGGGAGGACAUGGCAAACGGUCCGGUCCACCUGGACGUGCAGUUGCAGUCCGAACAAUUCCGGCCCCGCCAGUUUCAUCGCCCGAUUUACUGUGGCCCAACAUCGAGCAAAGUGACCAAACAGCAGCAGGGAAUAAUGGGGGUGUCUUCGAGAUACCAGCCGGCUCCGUUUACUACCAACCGAGGAUUAGAGCGUUCCGAUUUCGGCCGGAAGAUGUAAUGAACCUACCUGAAGUCGAUGUGGCAGAUGCAUCUUCAUUGGCCUCGGACGAAAAUUAUGCGGACAGAUCUACAAAAUCGACCAUUGAAGACACCGGAAGGGUCGUUGAAUCGGAGUUUCAAAAAAGCCCCAACAACCGAGAGGACCAUUUACGGUCGGAGCUACAGCGCCGCAAAGUGAUGGCCGCUCUGCUGGCGACCGCAACUGGAACCGAACCGGGCGAUUUGGAUGAGAACAGCUACGAACGACUUUUUCUGAACCCCGGUGUCGGUGCCGGGCUGCGGGAACCUAAUCAUAACAAACUGCUGAAACUGUUGGGACUUAACGCCCAAGUACGGAAGUACGGUCGAAGCUCGUAAAGAGUUCGCGAGCUGGAUCAAGAUACUGACACAUGAUUUUUUUUGUUUUACACUUUCGAGUGGGUGGAAAGUUUAUAAUCGUUAUUGCUGUCGUAGAUUCAGUAACACAUCAUAUUAACAGUACGUGCCGAUGCCAGUGCUGCCCAUCGUUAGGCUGGAAGCUGGGCAGGACUCGCUUGCACGCCGAGGCAUUUCUUCUAUUCAGGAUUUGGGAUGAUUCAGCGGAUGAUCUCAUCAUACUUCCUAACUUAUAACACACGAUUAUUGCUAUUCGAACAAACGUAAGGUUAAUGCAAUUUGUUGAUGAAAAAAAUUGAGUGCUUGUAUAUAGGCUUUUUUUAGUUGAUAAGAAUCUGAGCCUUCGUCGUCAUUUUUUUUAUUUGCCUUCGAAAUCCCUAUCGAAAAGAGGGGGCAAAGACCUAUGAUUGAAGUUAGGGAUAUGCUGUUGCAUAUCAUACGAACAACUCUAAGCCAGACUCUGGUAAUUUUCCUCUAUUGGUCCCGUAAGAGUAGUUGAAGAUUAAUUGAACUCAUGUGUUUCUGAUGCAUCAUCUUGAGAAGAAAAAAAAUGCUGCGUUGAAACAAGCAUCAUGACAAGGAUUUUAAUUAGGAUGUACUGCUGUUACCUCACUCAUAUCAUUUUCCAGGGCACAAUUCCCGAUAAUGCAACAGAUUGUACAUGCUACAGGGGUUAUCGGAAGACUACGAAUCGAUCGAAAAUUAUCUUCCAAUAACCGAACUUCUGUGAAAAUUGAUUGUCGUGAAAACUAACUGUUUCCUGCUCCACGUUUGAUUUUAGGAGAUUUCAAUUCGCACGGAAUGAUGUGGGGUUCCGUUUACAAUGAUAGCAGAUCAUCUCUAAUAUAUAAUAUUUGCGACAAUUUUAGCAUGACGGUACUAAAUAUGGGUAGCAUGACACGGAUCCCAAGACCUCCUGCACGUCCAAGUGCAUUAGAUUUAUCUCUUUGUUCGACUUCAAUUCGACUAGAUUGCACCUGGAAAGUAUUUCCUGAUUUACAUGGUAGCGAUCAUUUACCAAUCAUCAUCUCAAUUACCAGUAA